GCGUUCGAUUUGAAAGCAAAAGGRUUGUAUCAACAAAUGACACUGAUAUUUUAUGGAUUUAAACGAAGAUUUUGAGGUUAGUACGCCAUGUUUGAUAGUACAGAGCUCACAGAAUGAAACCUCUCAAAGAAUGUGUCAAUCGGACAGCGAUCCUUUCUUUCUAAAACAGCUGAACAUUUCCCGAUCGCCGGAGUCAAGAUGGUCUUCAAGCAAAGUAAAUUCAUUGGAUGACAAAUCCUUGAAUACAGAUAAAUCAAAUCCCAGAAUUGUGGAAGAAAGUAUUGGAGCAACACAAUGUGGUGUCAUGAAGAGYGCUGGUGGUUCUGGAAAUGAAAAAAAUCAGAACAAGACAUCUGAACAAGGCCAAGGAAGCAAUAAUAACAACAGCAGCGACGUACAAAGGCAUGCCCAGACUUGCCCGGUACAAGGUCCUGGAGGGGGUGGGGGUGGUGCUGGUGGAGAUGRUAACGAAAAUAACUAUGAUAGCCAUCAUGAACCAAGCACCUGUGAUGAAGACACCUCACAUUCAGAACCAGCCACUAGUAGUCCAGACUCUCUUCCUGAUCUUAUCAAACCAAACGAGGCUAGAAGUACUUACCUUAGUGAUAACAGUCUGUCUACAAAUUCUUCUGGUCCAGCAGAGGAGACAAUAAGCCAGGCUUCCACAGCUAUUGUYGGCGAUGUUCCAAUAGUAGCUUCAUUAUCAAAAAAGUCAUCAUCUUCAUCAUCAAGUGGAGGCUACAGAUCUGACCUGACAAACAGCUCCUCUGCCUACCAAGGUUCUGUUAGCAGYACUGGGCUAAGCAGCUUGUCUAGUGACUCACAUGGAGUUUCUUCAGGAAGUUCUCAUUAUCCCCUUCCCCUUGUCAUGCGCACUCAAGCUGAACUGGAUUCUAGUACCUCGGCCAGUAAUGAAAGCAGAGAUGGUCCAACGCACCAGAAGUGUCAAGGGUUCACCCACUUAGAGUCUUUAGAAGAAAAUGUUGAUAAAGAGGAGCACAGUGCAAGUGAUUCAAGUAAAGAACAGAWUGAACAAGAAUGCUCUUCCCAGGAGGAUUUGUUUGGCUUUCACAAAGAAGAUUCGCAUUCCAUGUCAUCACAAGAAGUAUCAAGAAUAUGUACCCCCCAAGAUAGGUCUACCCCUGUGGAACAGAAACUGAGUCAAGAGAAGACCUCGGGUGGCGUUUCGUCCUUACAGAGACAAGUCUUAUCUAUACAAACCUCCACGCCUUUUGAAUCAAACCAAGAUAUGCAACMAACUCCUCCAAGUCAAAGCAUCCCUCCUAAUCAACCUUUUCAGUGUUUUCAUUUUUCUGGUGAAGUGGUGAAAGAGAGCAGUGAAUCUUCGUCUUCUGGAAUCGUGAAAUCAUCUCCUGAAGCGUUAACAGGCGUUCCGUUAGUUAUUCCUGCUUCUCCGACGUCACCCACAAAAUCCAAACAGUCCUCGAGUAAACGUUUGCAAGAUGGUUCGAGUAGUGGUAGUGGUCAGAGUUCUUCUUCACUAGAACAGAACACUACAAGUAAAAGUACCAACCGCAGCGAAAAAGACAGCAGCGAGUCUUCCGUGGACCAGCUCCCGCCAUCGCCCAGCUCGUUUCGCUAUCCCUGGARAAAAGUUAGCUUGCUCCCUUCACCCGAAGAACUAAUCAACCAACAGGACAAAAACCAAUGCAACAAAGAUAAUGACGAUGCAACAAUUAUAACGACAGAUAAUGACGAUGAAGAAUUCAUUGGGUUACCGCGUUGGCAUCAGGAAGUGAUCCAAGAAAAUAAGAAAGAGCAGCCAGUUUCUUCGAAGUCUUCCUCUUCGUCUAAUACGACUUCAUCGGCUUCUAGCAAUAGUUUAGGGAAAGAAAAAGAAAGCUGUUCUGUUCAACAAGAUGGACAACAUUCAUGGCAGUCGGACAUGCCGAGUAUUGCUGAAGCAAGCAAAAGUUCAAUUUUGAAGCAUGAUCGUUCGUCCGAGGUAAAACACGUUAAAUUUCUCAUGGAUAUCAGUGAGUCGGGACAYGAUUCAAAUGAAGAAAUCAAAAAGAGAUCCGAAAACACAGAGAAUAGAAGACCUGAGAGUAUUGACAUGAAUCCUUCAUUGUCUCCUUCAUUAAUAGAUGGGCAAAAGACUCUCGCUAAAGUUAGCACUCCGUGUGAUAAAGAAACGCCUCAAACUUCUGGCUUUCGCGGUCCUGGAUCGACCUGCACACAACCAGAAUUGUCAGAAGAUCUUUUCUGCCCGUUGCUGUUUUCCACUCAAGAAAGUACUCAAGAUAAAGACAAAAACUUUCAAAACGAAGCAAAUGCCUCAGGUGAAGGGGUCCAAAUAGAUGAAGCAGAGGAGCCAGAAUUGGGGUCUCAGUCGAUGGCUUUUGACCUUCAUUUUUCUCAAUCUCAAUCCGACAUGGAUUCCCCUCCCCUGAUUCCAGAGCCCUCCAGUCCCCCUGCCCCAAGCACGUCUUUUACAGCAGUACUUUCAAGGAAAGACGAUUCAAGUGGUUCAAAUCCAGAGCCUCCGAUCACGUCUUCUCCUGCCACACCUUUAUCGACAGCUUCUACUGAUGUAACAAGUAAUGUUGUCGUACCCUUAAGUUCGUUAUUGAAGAACCAAAAUUCGAAUAGCGGUUGUACCCAAAGCCAAUCAAUCCUCGGGCCUGUUGUCAAGGAUACCCAGGAUGACUAUCGUUCCUUGCAGCAACAUGACGUAAAUGAAGACCAUGCUUUAAAGGCUUCGGAAAGUCUUACGAUUCCUAAACCUUUGGAACUUGACGAGAUGGACGAUGCUCCUGAUAGAAGUAUAGUUCCAGCACUAUCAUCUGAAACAUCUAGUGAUUCUGUUACUGGACUUGGAUUCCAUUUCUCACUGCCUACGACUACCGAACCUCUACGCCCCGUCACGUGCACGACGCCACCUCCCAUGCGAUCACGACAGCCAGCUUUACCAACGACAGUCUGUGAGACGCCUGGAAUCUUUUYUCAAGAGUCUAAUGUUAUAUCAAGGACGAAACAACAAACUACUCCGUCGCUAACAUUCUCCAUGCCAAGACAAAGCGAAAGUGAGAGUGAAAUCAUUUUCCAGAUGCAUGGUCCACAGUCGUCAUCCAGUUCUUCGUCCACCACAGAUCCACUAGAAGCUUCUCGAACAAUGGAACUGUCUGUCUUUGCGCAAGUACGGGAUGUGACAAGCAGCUCGAGACGGCGAAAAAAUGACAAAGAUGAUGAAUACAACCCUUUUGAGUUCACGUCACAAGAUGACAUUUCUAAACAUCCACCAAUGAGUAGGCGCAAAUCUAGAAAACGAGGCCUCGAGCUCCCGAAAGAGCAGUCUGCGUCAGGAAAUUCAACAAAUUCGGACCCACAAGUCAAUAAGAUUAGAAGAAUURAUCCAAGUCGCGAGUCAAAUGUUGACGGAAUUCGAAUAUCAGAUAAAGACAAUAAAAAAAUUGAUUCCGGGCGAUCUUCAGCUGCAUCGGGAGACGAUUCGUCAGUCCAACGUUUCCACAGGGUUACCAAAACAAAAAUAAUAAAAACGAUCACAACAAAAAUUGUUAAACACAUCACGAUUAUCACAACCAAGGAAGGCCAAGAUAAUGAAAUUGUUGAUAACACUUCUUUUGUCGAAGAAGAACUCCCUAAAACUGAACAAGUGGAAGACUAUGAAACAGAGGAAGUGAAUUUCCUUCAACGAGAUGAUUCCAUCUCCGAAAUCUUGCGUCCACCACAAACAACACCACCUACACAGCCAAUGGAAGGUAACAGAAAAUCCCCUAGGGGCAAGAAACGGACCAAUCAAAAUAAAGAGGAAUUACACAGCGAAAAUUCAAAGAGACAAAAAUUAUCUUCAGAUCAAGGUAAAAAAACGAGUGACGACACUUCUGAGGCGGAUGGCAAGACAAAAGAAAAACCAUCAGAAUCACCGAAAAAGAACCCGUUGAAAGACGAUGGCAGUAAAUCUCCGCCAUUACUUCGACGAAAAUCGACUGAAAAAAUCGCAGAAGUAAAAGCGAGAAGCUCUAGAACCCCUGAAACAGCUUUAAAUUUGACACCGGGCACUCGAGUAUUUGCCCAUUGGUCCGACAAUUAUUUUUAUCCGGGGGUUCUAACGUCUGGUGCAAGUAAACUGGGGUUUUAUAAUGUAACUUUCGAUGACGGAGACAAACGCAAAGUGCGCGCUGAAAGGCUUAUUCUUAGGGAUUCUCUUCAUGUUGGCCAGCACGUCCUCGCUCAAGACAGCGAUGGAUAUUACGACCCAGGGGUCAUCGCGGGCCAUUAUAGGAGUGAGGGUGAAAAUGGCUACGAGAUCAAGGACAAGAGGGGGAAGAUCAAGAGAUACCCCACUAAAAAGGUUAUAAUAAACGAGGAGCAAGCUGCUGCUAUUUUCAACAGUAGUAGCAGCCUUUCAAGAACAAGUAGUUCAAGUGUUAGCGCUGAAGGGUCCAGAACUAAAAGCACAGAUUUGUCUACGAGUGCUAAAGAUACAAGCGGUAGCUCUAACGACUUAACGCAUCAUCGCGGUGUUUCUAUGACAAGUCUUUCCACUACCAAAACUACGAAACCCAACGAUGAAACGCCUAAAUCUUCAAGGAAGAAGUCCUUCAGGAAGAAUCGAAAGCAGCCAACAUCGUGUCGAGGUAACCAGACUGUACAGAGCAGCAGUGAAGCGAGCAGUGAUGAACCUAAUAAAAGAACCCGUGAGAAACGCGGAGCCAGAAGAGAACUAGCAAAGAUUUUACCAACAAGAACGUCACCUAGAAAACAAAAAGAAAAAGCAGAGGAUGAUCAUGACGAGGAAACAAGCGCACUGGGCCCUCUUCCUUCUGACGAUAGCCUGUUCGCUGGAUUCGCCUUUUUGAUCACGGGUUGCCAUAAUGUAAAAGAAAAAGCUCACAAAAAUGAUUCCCCUGACAGCGAGAGCGAGUUCGUGGAGUUCAGCCGAGAGCAUCUUGUCCGUCAGAUUGAAGCUGGUGGAGGCGUUGUUUUGAAGGACUUCGAGGAGACGCAGAUUUCUGGAGCAGACCAGUGCUUUCUUGUAUCAAGUUCCCACCAAAGAACAAAAAAGUUCUUCCAAUGUCUUKCUUACAACAUCCCCAUAGUCCACCAUAGCUGGAUUAACGAUAGCUCGAUACUCGACCGGCUUCAAGAUUAUAAGAAGUACUUGUUGCCGGCUGGUACCAGCCUGGAGACUGGUGAAGUGGUGGAAUGUCAGACACAGUCAAGGCCAAAGGUUCUCCAGGGGUUAAAGGUUUAUCUUCAUGGCGAUMAGAAAUUUAAACAUAUUUGGGCAAGCGUAGCUCUUGCUGCGGGAUCUGAAGUGGUUGGUAAGCUUCCGAAUCGACCAGUCCGGGCCGCUCAGCUAGACGAUUUCGAUAUCAUAUGUGACGUCAUCAUUUCUGGAACCAAUACAUUGCCUGCUAGUAUAAGACACACAGUAGAGAUGCUUGGGAUCCCUGUGGUGGGUCUUGAAUGGCUCUUCCAGUGUCUUAUAAAUGGUUUUCUGGUACCGUUUGAUGGACACCCAAAAUAUGAUUAUAGGAACAUACAAAAAGAUGAUAACGCCAAUCUUUGAAAGAAAACUUUAUGCGCAUAUAUAGGCCCCGCAAUCAAGAAAUAAGGCAAUACUGUACAAAUGUUGGUCUAAAGACCCUAAGUGCUCUCAAGUUCCUACUACAACACUCAAGAUUACCUAUAACAAUUACAGUAAAACUCUAUGAUCCCACACCCGAAUAAUACGGACACCUCGCUAUUACGGACAGCUACUAGUAUUACAGCGUGCCCGUGUCAAGCAGGUUUGUUAGUUAUAAGAGUAGUGGGAGCAUUGAUUUUUUAGGAGGGGAGGAAGGGGGCGGAGAAAUAGCUGUAAAGAUGCGCCCAAUUUGCUAGCCCCCCAGCUUAGCCUUGAACAUUUUAAAUGGCCCUUAAAUAAAAAUAAUAAGAAACUGAUAAUUACCAGAGAAAAAUAUUUGAUCGCCCUAUCCUUAAUCGCUCCUGUCCUCCCUCUCUUUCUAUGAAAUCAAUGUUCCCUUACUAUCACGGCCCACCUUAUGUGGUUUUUAUGCAUUUUUUUAGCGAUACUUUUAAUAGUUAAGAAAAGAAAACGGGUUUUAGUAUUUGACAGGCAUUGUGGUGACUAAGUUAUCCACCUUGAUUGUAUGCUAAGGCCCGGUUACCUUUAAAGUAAAGGCCUGGUUACCUUUCAAGUAAAGGCCCGGUUACCUUUCAAGUAUAGGCCCGGUUACCUUUCAAGUAAAGGC